AAGCUACGAGACAGGAACUGGUUUCGCUGGUACUUUAUUCCUCAGCUUGAACACAGGUUACUGUGGGCCGUAACCAACGCCAAAACAACAAAGCUAACUCUUUUACAGCGUGCUAUCUGCAUUAGCAACUCACUUCUCAUCUCCCGCUUCUCGUCUCUCACACAACCUACAAACUAACAGGAACAACAACAACCCUCCCUCCUAAAGCCUCGGCCAAUCACAGGUUCCACGGACAGUUAAGCAGUUCUGUGGCUCAUCCCUUCACCAGAGAGGUAAUUCUCCUGCCAGACCAUACAUAUACAGAUGUGCCAAGGCGUGCCAGGAAAGCUUGGCUUUUUGAAAAUGGACAUAUAAAAUCUGCCUUGGAAUUUGGCUGUGACUGGGACUCCGACAAAGUAAUGCAGGCAAUUAUGGUGGCCUUCCAGCCAAUUGUGGAGGGAUGCAGGUUACAGAUCUUGAUGCCAUGCCACAACAAACUACUUGAGCCAUCCCUUACCUCCAAUCAGACUUUGAGUGGAGCCCUUGUCAAAAAACUGUUUCAUCAGAAGUCCAUUUAUGUCAGGCCUGACAAGAUCAUUUUAAGUGAGGAAAAAGAAUCCUCAUGUUCUGAUGAGGACGGUAGCCAUACAAACAGCCGUGAUGUCUCAGAAAUAUCGGACACUGACAAAUGUGCCAACUCCACUGUUGAGGCCCAGUUCCUCUUCAGUAAUACCCCUUCCAUCUCCAGUGAUGAUCAAGUUAUCUGGUAUGUUGCCACCCAAGACAUUUGCACUGAUGCACCUUCCAUCUCAGCUGACACCUUCACCGUGUCCACUAGUGCUCCUGUCAUCACUAUUGAUGAGACUCUCACCUUGUCCAGUGGAACUUCUGCCAUCUCAAGUGGCAACACCCAUGGCUUGUCGAUUGGUCCCACUGUCAAUGCCAGUGGUGACACACAUUUGUUCUCUGCUAAUAACACCUCUGGUGUGUCCCAUGAUCCCACACAACCCAGGGACCCACACAACCCAUUUGGGAAUAGUUCAUCCAGCACAUCCUACAGUACAUACCUUGACCUGUUUGAAGAAGAAUACCUCUCUGAUGACCCUGAUCUCCAGGAAGCCAUUUCAAGGUCUUUAGAUGCCAGCGCAAGCGAGAGUGAUUUAAAGAUGACUUUGGAGAGAAUAAUGGAACGGAUUGGCUCUAGAGUAAAUACUGACAGCACUGUACGCUUCAAUAUCAUAAGAAGAAAUGUGUGGGAUGGAGCAUGCAGAGCCAUGGCCAGAUCCAAUUUUUCACCUGAGAAGAAGGUAGAUGUCAAGUUUACUGAUGACUAUGGAAUAUCUGAGGGGGCUGUGGACAAUGGAGGACCCACUCGGGAGUUUUUUCGACUCUGUCUACAUGAAAUCAAGGACAAAAUUGGCAUCUUUGAGGGUCCACCUAAUGCUAAAGUUCUCACAUGCAACUCCAAAGCGAUGAAAGACAAUGGAUACUUCUAUGCUGGCCAGAUCAUGGCAAUGUCAAUUGCCCAUGGGGGACAGAGUCCAUGUUUCCUGUCUGAACUUUUGUAUGAGUGUCUCCAAAAGGGUCCAGACAAUGUGAAGGUCACAACUGAACAUAUUACUGAUGAAGAAACAAGAUCACAGGUGCAAUCGGUGAGCAUAUUUUCCUUUGAUUCUAUCGUAUUUAGAAACUUUUCAUUUUGCAUGCACCCAUUAACACACAAGUUAAACAGUAAAGCUAACAAUUGUAUAUCUUAAUUCUAAAUAAUAGUC